AUGUCCAAAAAAAAUAAAUCUUAACCAAAAUAAACAAAUCAUUAAGACUAAGGUAGAUUAAGGUCAAAGAGUAGCAUAAUUAAUGAUCACAGGAUGAGAGUAGACGUUGAUUAAUUAAUCGAAGAAUUAUAAUAAUCGAUUGCCUAAGAGUCAAUACACCAGAGAACUGCUGUAAGAAAAAUUGGAAAAGAUAAUAGUCAUAAUCCUACAGACUACUCAAGAUUUACAUUCAAAAAGACUGGGUUUAAGCUUAGAGAUAGAUUUAAAUCUCAGGAAAAGACUCUGCAUUAUAAAGGGAAAAUUUUAUAUUCAUCAGAAUCAUACUCUAAUUCUUCAUCCACUUCUUUGUCGGACACAAACAUUAAUGCAAAUAAUAGCAAAUAUUAGUAGGAGAAAAAUUAGAAAAGCAUCAUAAAUUCAUAAAAGCUUUCAUAGUUAUUACUUUCUGAUUCAUAAAGUGAAGAAGACUUGGAUUAGCACAAAUAGAAUAUUAUUGAACAUUUUAGGCAUAAAUCAAAAAGAGAGUAAGAAAUUUAACUAACCAAGGUAGAGAUUUAAUAGUAAUAAAAUCAGAAUUAAUUCAAGACGAUAAGGCAACAGAAGAUCCAAAAAAGGAACUUGAAGUAACCUAUCGGGUUAAGGAGUAUAUAAAGUUCAUUUGAUAAUACGCCUAAGCAUUCCCAGUUUCACCAUUAUACUAAAUAAAAGGAUUAGAAUCAGGCCUAAGUAUUUAGUAAUUCUUUUCAGCUUAAAAGACAGAACAACUAUUAUUCGAAUUAUGAUCUCUUAGAAGAAGCUAAUCGUAGUGCUUUCUCUUCUUAAUUUUUUGAAAAAUCCAGGCUUAAAUGCAAAAAAACUUCGUAAAUCAAAGACUAUGUUAAGAAUUACUUCGAGAAAAAAGAUCUUGAGAGAUAGGAAAUAAUUAGCAAUAUAUUAGUUUCUAAAAAUAAUGGCCUUCUUUAUUAGAAGAGUAGAGACUAAUGCAGUUCCACUUUUCUAGACUAUUCUUCUCCCUUUAAGUUUUUAAAUAGAGGUUUUUAGGCCAAAAAACAAUUUCCAACUCUAUCUAGAGUAAAAUUGAAUCAAAUUUAGGAUGAAGACUAGCGAAUAAAAGAUGAUAAGUUACUAACCAAUGAACAAUAAAAUUUUCCCUAAAACAAGUUAAAUAAUAAAAUAGAUCAGUUAAUCAACGAGGAGUAAAAUGACUAUCACUAUAACAAUAAUAUUUAGCAGAUACCAUUUCAAAAAGAAUUAUGCCAUGUCAAUGAAUAAACAAGCAAUUUGAAACUUAGGAUUGCUAGUCAUUAACGUUUGGCAUUUAGGAGUAUUAUGCCCAGAUCCCAGUUUUUGAAUCAAUGA